AAAAAUUACCGGGGUUCUGCUUUCGGGUCAGCCAUUGGGCUCCCGAAAAAGCAGCAAACCUCCACGACACGAAAAAUCAAAGAUGGCCCCCAUGGAUGAGGCGGCGCCGGAGUCAUUAGUGGAUACCAUUCUCUUUGUGGAUGUGGAUGGUGUCCUCAAUGUGGGAAUUUAUGAUCCUUUCGAUGCCCCCAUUUUGCUGAAGAGCAGCGAACUGUCGAUGGCUCGGGAGAUCGUGGCCAUGGACUAUCGAGGCUUCGAUUCGGCCACGGCCUACAAGAUCUGUGCGCUGGCCGCCACCCCGGCAGAUCCGGAAUCUACGGCCACCUUCGAAGCGCUGGCAAGUCACGACCAACUCUCCAAGGUGUUGGUUGGUCGACUGUCAGAGCUGAUUCAGGAGGCAGGCCCUAAGUGCCAUGUGGUGCUCUCCUCUAGUUGGAGGAAGAAGCAGCACCUGAAACGACGCCAGAGGUUGGAGCUGGAUUUAUCCGAAGCCCUGGGCAGAUACUUUACCUUCCAUGAUGUGACACAGCUGACACCAGAACUUCAUGCUGGGGAUCGCUUGCAAGCUAUCAGGAGCUAUUUGCAGGACUUUGCCGGUGCCAAUCUCUGCGGAGCCGGUGAGUUGAAGGUCAUCGUGGUGGACGACUUCUUUCUCUCGCCCUUGUCCUAUGCGGAUCCCUUCCGCAUCACCGGGGCCCCCGGGGUGCCCGGGGGAGAGCUCCACACCUUGGAGGAGGUGGAAGACUAUUUGCUCCAACCCUUGGGUGAGAUGGGGAUCGAGGCAUCGGCCAAGGUGCUCCAUUGCUACAGAAAGGUGGUGACCACCAAUGGCCUGGUGCUUCAAGUUGGCAUGGGUCUGUCGAAUGGCUUGCUGAAGGAUGCCAAAGAGUUCCUAUCGAACCCAAAUAGUCCAGAGGCCAUGAAAAAGCCACCGCCUUAUCGGGAGCCACCCAUUGAGAAAAGCUUCUUCCAGCUUCUGGCCACCUUCGCUUGAGCAAAAAUGCCACUCGUGACAUUGAUUUUUAGCUCCAACCACUAGUCACAGGAC